UUUCGAUGAAUCGAUGACAACUUUUUUCAAUUUUUCAUUUCGUUUCAUUGUGGCAGACUAUCGUGGAAUAUUGUAACUGAAUUUUCAAAGAAAAAGAAAAAAAACAAUGAAAACGUCAUCAAUUGAUACUGGAGUGGAUUUUGAAUUGUUUCAAAAAGACUUACAAGAUAUUGAAUUGGAUUUUUUUCCAAACGUUGUUUCAAUAUUUAAAAUAUCAUCCUAUAUUAGAAAAUUUGGUUAUCUAUUUAUGACCAACGAUGAUAUUACCUAUGCAUAUGAUGAUGUAAUAUGCAAUUGGUUAUCGUUACAACAUGAUCCAAAACGACCAAAACAGAUUGAAAUUUUGAAUGGCAAGAAAAUUAUUCAAGUUGAUUCCGGUGAAGGAUUCGUUGUCAUUCUAACUGAUGAUGGAUUAGUUUAUCUUGCCAGUAAUAAAAAUUCACCUUGGAAAACGAAUAAUAAUUUACGAUUAAUCUCUACCGGUAAUGAUCGUUUUGAAAUGAUAGCAUGUGGAUGUAUUCAUUUUUUAUUGUUACGAAAAGAUGGAACUGUUUUCGCUUUGGGUGAUAAUUGUUAUGGUGUAUUGACCGGUAAUUCAGAUUCACAUAUUACUCUUGUGAACACUCGUUUGAAUAAUGUCAAAAUAAUAGCUUGUGGUGGAUUUCAUAAUCUAGCUCUCACCAAUACGAAUGAAAUUUAUUCCUGGGGCUAUAAUAACUAUGGACAGUUAGGUCUAGGCGAUACAAAUAACCGAACAACACCAUCACUUGUUUCAUUUCCUGAUGUUUCGAUUAAUAGUAAAAUCAAAAAUAUUGUGGCCGGUGGCAGUCAUUCAUUAUUUUUAUGGGAGGAUGGUCAGAUUUUUAUAUGUGGUUAUGGUAAACAACCAAAUAAUGAUAAUGAGCAAAAUGCAAAAGUGCCGACAAAAAUACCUAUUGAAAAUGUGCAAAGUAUAGCUUGUAAGAAUUAUCUCUAUUUUUCAUUGGCUUUAGAUCAGUCAUCACAUUAUUAUAGAUGGGGCAAAGUAGAAGACGAAUUGUUACCGCCAAUAAAAUUGGAUGGUAAACUGGAAUCAUUUGCUGCAGCAUCAGUAAUGGUAAAUAAAUCACCAAUCACUUUUGGCCUAACAUCAACCAUCUAUUCAUUCGAAUCAAAUGUUGCAUUUUUCAAUAAUCCAGAUAAUUAUGAUAUCCAAUUUGUUAUCGAUGACAAACGUAUAUUUGCUUCAAAAUGUCACCUGAAAAGAUUAUCAAAAUAUUAUAGUCAAAUGUUUACGGGUGAAUGGCAAAAAAAAAAGAAAGUGACCAUCAAAAAUUAUAGUUAUGAUACAUAUUGUUCAUAUCUGCAUAUGUUACAUACUGGUCGUGAUGAUUAUAUCCGAAUCAAUCAAUCCAAUAUAGAGGAAUUUAUUGAUUUGGCCAAUUGUUAUGGUGAUGAACGAUUAAUGAAACGUUGUCGAACAUUCAUACAAACAGAUUUGAAUGAACGGACAUUAUUUACUUAUCUAUCAUUAAUCAGUAAAUAUAAACUUGAUGGAAUGAAUGAUAAACUUUUCGAAUUAACUAUCAAAGAUGUUUUACCGAAAAACAAAAACAAUAUUAUAAAAUUUUUGGAAUGGUUUUACGAACAACAAUCUUUUUGUGAAACGAAAGAUUUGCCUCGCAAACGAAAAAAAGCAACCGAAAUUAACGAUAACUGAAAAUGAUUUUCUUUUCGAUUCUCCUGAUUGAUACAUUUGACUAUUAUAACAUUUUCCUUUUUUUGUUUUGUAUAAC